UGGAGUGCGCUGUGUUCUGAGCUGUGCUGUUUGCAGUUUUGAUGGAAAUGGCGCUUAUCCCUGUGAAAGCCUGAAGUCUGGAGCUGUGUAGCGUGCUUGUCUAUCAGGUGUAUCUCUGGAUGAAUUUGAUAAGGAGCUGAUUAUGACCAGGGAGUUGGACGAUUGGAUUUAUCACCUGGAAAAGACAAACAUUGGAGGCUAAAGUGGCUACCCUCACCAGACAGACAGUGCACAAUGCAUGAUCUGACGGCCCAGGUCACCAGCAGUCUCCUGCCCUUCCCUGGAGUCACUUUGAAUGCCUUGGGAGAGGAUGAGAUCACACUGGACUCUGUCCUUCAGGGGAAAUUCACUGUUGGGAGAAGUGGGCUUGCCUGGUUGGCAUGUGGGCCCCAUCUGGAGGCUGUCCAUGCCAUGACAGGGGAGCGACUGUCUGCAUACACUUUCAGUGGUGGAGGGGAACAUCCACCCUGCAUCCUAGCUGCUAAAGACUUCAGUUGGUUAAAAAGAUCUGGGUUACUUAUUGGCUUGGAGGAGGCUGAGGGCAGUGUACUGUGCCUGUAUGACUUGGGGUUGUCACGUGUGGUAAAAUCUGUGGUUAUACCAGGCCGAAUUACAGCUAUUGAGCCAUUAGUGAGCUACGGGGGUGCAAGUACCUCGACACAGCACCUCCAUCAGAGUUUACGCUGGUUUUUCGGCAUCGCUGCAGUCGGAACUGACUUGGGGCAUGUUCUGUUAGUAGAUCUGUGUCUCGAUGAUCUCUCAUGCAGCCAAAGUGAGCUAGAAGCAUCAGACUUGCAGGUUGUGACCAAGUCCCCAACAGAGAUCCCAAAGCUUAGAGAAGUCAGCAGUAGAGAAGGCAGGCAUCUUUGUCUCCAGCUGAAUGGAGCCACAGGUGUUGGGGCUACAGCUCUACAAUACAUCGCCAGGACUAAUCAGUUGGCUGUAGGGUUUUCAGAUGGAUACUUGCAUCUGUGGAACAUGAAAGCUCUUAAAAAAGAAUACCAUUCUCAGUUAGAAGGUGGUAAGGUCCCUGUGAAUGCAUUUACCUUCCAGGAGCCUGAAAAUGACCCCAGGAAUUGUUGCUACCUCUGGGCUGUCCAGUCCUCUCAAGACCUUGAAGGGGACAUGGUCAGCCUCCGUCUGCUGCAACUGGCCUUCGGUGAAAGAAAAUGUUCAGCCUCUGGGAAGAUCCUUUAUGAGGGUCUGGAAUACUGCGAGGAGCGUUACAGUCAGGAGUUGAGUGGCACGGCAUUUCCUCUCAGGGCACAGGCCACCAACACCCGCUUGCUUAACUGUCAGACCAUUGAGAAAUUUAGACCUCACCACGACAGAGAUGACAGCAUGAAUGAAGUGUCAUCCCCUGAUACCAGUGUGUCUAUCUUUAUUUGGCAAGUGAAGGCCUAUGGACAAGGAACUCCAGCUACCUUUAUUGGAGUGUUUGACAUCAACCGCUGGUAUCAUGCACAGAUGCCAGACUCCUUAAGAGCUGGAGAGUCAUUGCAGAAUUGUCCUUAUUUGGCCGUGUGGUCUCUGGACACUGUGAUGCAAAUGGUGUCCCCAAAUGUGCUGUUGGAUGUGUUAGUGAAUGACCGCAGCCUAAGCAGAGGUUUACCAUAUACCUGCCCUCCACCCGAGCAAUACUUCAAUCCCACAACAUACAACUUUGAUGCUACCUGUUUGCUCAACACUGGAAUUGUACACCUAACCUGCUCUGGAUAUCAAAAAGAGACUCUGAGCUUCUUAAAGAAAGCUGCUCCUUGUUCUAGUGAAGUCAUCUCUACCAGUUAUUCUCGCUGCCUCAUGUCCGGUCUGCUCUCCAGCCGCCUGGCAGACACUCAGUCAUCCAGCCUCACUCAGGAGGAGCAGCUAGAUGCCAUUUUAUGCACAGCUGUGGAGACCAGCUCUUUGGGAUUAAUUACUGGCUGUAUAAAACAAUGGACUGCAGAGGAACAACCAGGGUCUGCUCUGAACUUGCGUUACAUUCUGGAUUGGGCCUGGAACAAAGUUGUUCAGACAAAGGAGGAGUUGGAUGGCAUCUGUGCACCACUAUUUGAUAGUUCAUCAAACUUUACAGACCCACAGACAAUGCAACUGCUACAGCACAGCCAAAGAUUGCUGACAAACCUCAGCACCAUUUUCAAUUGUUUGCUUAGUGAAGCUCAUGAACUCACUCAGAAAGGACUGGUGGGGCUGAUGAACAAGAACGUGGUGUCUGGCCUCAUUUCAAAGUAUGCUCAAGUUGUGCUCUGGUUCUGUCGCACUGGCCUUCUGCCUGAGGGAUCAGAUGAGGACGCUCUUCAGAUUUCCAGGCCAUUCUACAGUCAUUCUAUAAUCAGCAGUUAUUACACCAUCAGAAGGGAAGAGCUCGAAAGGCUGGCUAAGGGCAAGUGGUGUGCAGACUGUCUUAUGAUUGAUGGCUUGGUUGGCCAGUGUGGAGAGCGCUUGGUUAAUUUAUGGAAAAGGGAUGAGGAGGGAACAGGACAAUACCCACCACCUACUUUACAUGCUUUGUUGGAUAUCUAUCUACUUGACAACAUUGACGAAGCUGCCAAACAUGCAAUCGUCAUUUACCUGUUGCUUGAUGUCAUGUAUGCCUUCUCAAACAAAGAGGGAGCAUCCGUUGAGUCUUUCCCAACUGCCUUUGCGAUUCCCAUUGGACUGGUGAAGUUAAUACAAGGACUCUGGCUGCUUGACCACCAUGACCACCAGAGUGCCUUUGAACUGCUUUUACACCCAGCUGCCUCCCAGUGUCAGUUUGAGUGGCAGCAUGAGCGAGUUCUGCAGGCUCUGAUGUGUCAGGGGCAGCAUAGUGAGGCGCUGAGAUAUUUACAUGUCACUAAACCUGCAGUGGCAUCAACAUCACAAGCAAAACUCUGCCUAUCAGUUCUGCUGCAUAACAGAUGUCUUAUUGAAGCAUGGUCCUUGGCACGUCAGCACUCAAAUCGUCUAAAUAUCAGUGAGCUUUUGGGCUUUCUUUAUGAGACCUGUCAGGAGCUGGGUUUGAUGAAGGAGCUGCUAAAACUGCCUUUAGGCCUCUCUGAACAGGAGGGUUUGGAGAAGUUUCUUCAAGGCACUGGUGGGCUUCAGAAUCGUGAGCUGCUGAUGGUGCAUUAUCUUCAGCAAGCAAACUACAUACCUGCCCUGCAGCUCAACCACUCACUAAAAAUGAAUCUGGUGAAUGAGAGAGAUCCAAAACUCAAAGAGCAAUCAACAACAAGGAACUCCAUACUUGAUCAGUAUGGUAAAGUUUUGCCCAGAGUUCAGAGAAAAUUGGCAAUGGAACGAUCCAAACCUUACCAACGCCCACUCACCAUUCACAAGGAAGUCUCACGGCCGCAGCCUCUUUCAACUAUUACAAAGCGCUCUACCAGUGAAAAAGUAAUUUCUAGGGCUGGUUUCAUCAAUAAUGUUCUGACCAAGAUCGAGGAGGUGUGGAUUGGUAAAGGAGAUUCUCCCCAGUCUUCUCCAGCAAAGAGCCCAAAAGCAACACAAAUCAAAAGCCCUAGCCCAAAACCGUCCUCUGCUCUUCCUGAACCUUUUCUAGGGACACCCAUCACCAUGUCAGCAAAACGAAAGUCAAGGCUGAUGAAACUGGUAGUGCAGCCAUCUUGCCAGAUGCCUCAGCCUCUCCAGAGCCCGCUAAGACCUCCCAGCUCCUGGGUUUCACCAAAAACCGUCAGCAAAGCUCCAGAGCUUAGUCUACUGCAAACCCCACAGGUUGUCAAGAGAGCUCGAGCUCUGGCUGCUUCAGGUCCUGUGUUUGCCGGCUUCACUCCUCAGUCCAUUCUACGGAGCAGCCUUAGGCCUACACCUGUGGCCACGCCCUCUGCCUCUCCAGGGCGCUCCAUCACACCCCCGCCUCGAAAGGAGAAUCGCAUCACCUUCAUUGAAGAGGCAGACUCUCCUGAGAUAGAGAAGAACAUUCGUUGGACUAAUGGGGAGGCAUCUGAAAAUGAGAUUCAUCUCCUGACUCGAGGGGCACUGCUAUCUAAAACCACACGCAACUCCUGGUCUUUGCAAGCUGAAGAUGAAGAGGAGGAGGAUGUACAGGAGGAGAAGCAACAGUCAGAUGUGACUAAAGGGGGCAGCUCCUCACCCCACCAGAGUGUGUCCAAUUCUCCCUCACUCCAUGAAGAAACCGAAGAGAACGAACCAUCAGGAUCACAACUGGUCCUAAGUUUUGAAACAAGCCACACGUCUGUCCGAUCCACUGAUACCACCUUAGAAUACUAUGAUGCUCCCCUUUCAGAGGAACAAGAGGAUGACAAACAUGUGGAGAGUGACAAUGGGCCAAUCAUCCAAGCACCUGCAGAGGAUGGCGGUAUACCCCAAUCUCAAGUUCAGACUGAAGAUGAGGUGCCCGAGGAGCCUGUGCCUCAGGAAGAGUCUGAGGGACUUUUGGAAGAGCAUAAAGUUGAUGUCAACUUUGAAGAUAUUACAGAGACUGAUUCUGCUCAAGACAUAACAAAUGCUAUGGAUGAAAAGAUGAAUGAGGAGGUUCUUAUUGAAGCAAGUGCUGAUACUCCUAGUGAGCAAGACAAGCCAAAUGAUGGUUGUAAUGAGCUGAUCAAAGAGUCAGACUCCCAAGCUGAGGAUGUGUGUGAGCAAUCCAAGGAGCCGACUGAGCAGUGUCUCAUCCCUGAAUCUACAGAAGGGACUGAAGCUCUAAAACCAGCCAGGGAGACAGAACCCACCAACGAGCCAGAGCCAGAAGUGGAGCCAUCAACAGGUUCAGUUAAAGGAGAACCAGAAGUGGAGCCAUCAACAGAUUUGACAGACUUUGUCCAGAGGCAUCUCUUUGGCGAUGAUCUAACUUCACCUCUGACCCGAUCUGGAAUACACUCGGUGUCUUUGUCUCAGACUUCAGUCAUCAGUGAGUCUGUGGAUCAAGAGGCAGAGGAGCACUCUGCUCCCGGCACAGCACCAGUAUUUUCUUCUCAGAAAUCAACCACCUCCAUUACCUCCUCUGAACCCACAGGCACAGACUCCCACUCUGUUUUCAGUGUCAAUGACAGUGAGGAGCUUUCUAGACCUGUUUCUGAAGAUGAAGGUGAAGACGAGGAGUAUGGUCAUGUUGAGGAAGGGGAAGAAGAAGAGGAGGAGGAGGAGGAAGAAGACGGUGAAGAAGAGGAAGAAGACUCAGGAAGCGAAGUGGAGAUAAUUGAAGAGAUCCAGGUCAGACCACCUCCUCAGUCAUCAGAGUUUGCAAUACAAGGACACACCCACUUCUUGCCCCAACAAGAAGCAGAAGCCUUUUCCUCUGAGAUGAAGAAUGCUGAAGAUGGCGAAGGAGAGGUUGUCAUGGUACACCUGGGCACCGAUGAAGGAGAUAUGGAUCAAGAUGAGGAAGCAGCUCAGGCAGCAUCUUAUUUGGAACUCCAGCCCUCAACCACUCUGUUGGUACCUCUGGAGUUGGUGGAGGGACAAGAUGCUCUGGUGAAUGCUACUGACCAAGUUCCCAAUGAUAUUUUUCAAACGGAUGUGCCAAAUGACCACAAAACUGAAAGCCAGAGCAGCUUCUCACUUACACUAGAUUUGGAGGAAGAUGUAGACAAAGAAACAGAACUAAACCUUGAGAACAACCUGUCUACUGGAGCCUCGCAUGCAGAAGUAAAGGAGUCUUCUGAAGAAGCAGAGACACUUUCUGAGGUACAGGUUGUGGAAAAAGUUGAAACUAAUUUGCCAGAACCUGAAGUCAUUGAAGAGAAAGAGUUGGAAUCCCCCAAAACAGACACACCUAUAGAAUCAAAGGUACAAGGGCCAAAAGAUGAGGCAGUUCCAGAAAACAUACUAGAAAAUGAGCAGACAAAAAAUACUGAACAAGAGGCAGUUCCAGAAAACAUGCUAGAAAAUGAGCAGACAGAAAAUACUGAACAAGAGGCAGUUCCAGAAAACAUACUAGAAAAUGAGCAGACAGAAAAUACUGAACAAGAGGCAGUUCCAGAAAACAUACUAGAAAAUGAGCAGACAGAAAAUACUGAACAAGAGGCAGUUCCAGAAAACAUACUAGAAAAUGAGCAGGCAGAAAAUACCAAACAAGUGGCAAUUCCAGAAAACAUAUUGGAAAAUGAGAAGAUGGAAAAUAUUGUGCAAGAAGUAAUUCCUGAAAAUAUACUAGAAAAUGAGCAGACUGAAAAUACUGCUCAAGAGGUAAUACCUGAAAAUACACUAGAAAAUGAGCAGAUAGAAAAUACUGAACCACAGACUCAAGUAGAAGCUGAAGAUGAGCAAGAAGAUACAGAAAUGCAGCUUGAAGAUCAGAAGGCUGAGGUACCAGAGUCAACAGAUGAGCUCUUAGAGGUGUGUAAAGAUAAAGAGAUGUCAGAUGCACCAGUAGAAGGUGAAUUGGUUGAAGACAAAACAAAACCUUCAGAUGAACCACCCGAACCGCUCAGAGAAGAUCCAUGCUCAUCCAACAGCGAGGAUGUACAGGCUUCAGAGACUGAUCAGGCCACAGUGUCAGUCGAGGAGAAAGAGGAGGAAACCGAAUCAAGAGACAAGGAAAAAACAAAAAAGGGCAGAUCAAAGAAACAGGAGCCAGUGGUUGCAUCUGUGCAGGAGAUUGAUGAUGCCCCAGAGGAACAGCCAGUGUUACAGAUUCCAGGCUCUGGCAGAAGGAAUGAGGCUUCGUAUACCCCAACUCGAAGGACCACCAGAGCUAGAGCUGUCACCUUCAUUUCCCCUGUGCCCGAAGAGGUACAUGACGAGGAGGGAAAGCCUGAACAGGAAGUGAAGAUGGAACAAGACCAAGAACCAACUGUUGCAGUCGCCACCUCUCCUGGUCGCUCAACUAAAAGAAGCAAACAAGUUAAAGAAAGUAUAAUUGGCACUCCUCGAAGAAGUACUCGUAGAACUCAACCUGAGCCCGAGCCGGAGCCCGAAGCUCCAACAGAACAAAAGGAGGAUAAAGUGGAAAACGUGAGUGAUAACACUGUGUCUAGCACUACAAGGACUUUGUCUCCAGGCAGAAAAUGGGGUUCACAGAGAAACCCCUCAAGAACCAGCAAACAGCACCACAGUGAAGAGGAUGAAGCCAGCCCUGAGGCCAAGGUGAAACAAGAGAUGGCUGAAACACAUGCUGUUGCUAAGUCUUCUGCCAGGGGCAAGACCCCCACCAAAAGGAAAGCGGCACAGUCUACUACACCUCUCCUUUUAGAAGUACUCAAAGAAGAGGUGGAAGAACAAGAGCUAGUCAGUACAACUCCUGCAAAACGGAGCUCCAGAAAAACAAAAGCUGCAUCACUGCUGUCUACAGCAGUAGAAGAGAAUGAUAAGAAACACCAGACUCCGAAUUUGGGCCGAACCACUCGACAGUCGAAUCGCAUCACUCCGAGUGUUUACCCACAGAGUGUGAAAAGAAGAGGAGUGAAAGGUCAAGACCAGUCCGAGCCUGAACCAAAGCAGGAAGCAGAUGCUCUUCGCAAGACUAAAAAGAAGCUGUGGGAUCAUCCUGAGGAGGAACAGCCUUUAUUAGACCAUCCUUUGGAAGUGCCCUCAGAGACCCCUGUAGCAGAUGUGCUUAUCAAGAGGCUUCAGGAUGAAGAACAAAAGCAGGAAGUUACAAAGUCGCCAACAAGAACCAGUAAGAGGCUCACUAAGUCUGUGGUGGACCCUGAGCCCCCAUUUGAGAACAGUGUGGUUUUUGAUCCAGAUGAUAAGUCUGGUCCAGGGGAGAGCUCUUUCAUUUAUUCCCCAUCUCGACGAAGAACAAGAGCCAAGGCCGCGGAGUCUCCCAGUCAGAUUGCACCUGUCACUCGAAGCAGGAGGAACGUGUCCACUGUGGAUGCUGUUCCCCCAGAGGAUGAAAUGGCUGUAGAAGUGGAAGAGGCUAAAGUGUCAAAUACAAGAAAAACUAGCAAAAGAACAGCAAAUGACAGUGGCUGUGUUUUGUCUGUAACCGGACACUGGUUGCUUGUGCUCAGUGGAGUGGAGAGGCUGAUCAGUCUGUCUGCUCUGGACCGCCGCUCUAUGAUGAGACCAAAACAUACGGACAUGCAAAAGGACUGUGUCAGGGUAGCAGUCAGGGUCCGGCCUUUCAACAAGAGGGAAAGAGAUGCUGGAAGUCGCUGCAUCAUCUCCAUGGUACCGUGCUCCAUCACCAUCCAGGACCCACGUGAACCUCAGAACCGACGCUCUUUUUGUUUUGAUAACACUUACUGGUCCCACAGUGGCUUUAUCCAAGACAACACAGGGAAGUACCUGCCAGAAGACACAGGGGGGCGCUAUGCUGACCAGGAUAGUGUAUUUCAUGACCUGGGAGAAGGUAUUCUGGAAAACUCACUACAGACAGAAAAUACUGAACAAGAGGCAGUUCCAGAAAACAUACUAGAAAAUGAGCAGACAGAAAAUACUGAACAAGAGGCAGUUCCAGAAAACAUACUAGAAAAUGAGCAGACAGAAAAUACUGAACAAGAGGCAGUUCCAGAAAACAUACUAGAAAAUGAGCAGGCAGAAAAUACCAAACAAGUGGCAAUUCCAGAAAACAUAUUGGAAAAUGAGAAGAUGGAAAAUAUUGUGCAAGAAGUAAUUCCUGAAAAUAUACUAGAAAAUGAGCAGACUGAAAAUACUGCUCAAGAGGUAAUACCUGAAAAUACACUAGAAAAUGAGCAGAUAGAAAAUACUGAACCACAGACUCAAGUAGAAGCUGAAGAUGAGCAAGAAGAUACAGAAAUGCAGCUUGAAGAUCAGAAGGCUGAGGUACCAGAGUCAACAGAUGAGCUCUUAGAGGUGUGUAAAGAUAAAGAGAUGUCAGAUGCACCAGUAGAAGGUGAAUUGGUUGAAGACAAAACAAAACCUUCAGAUGAACCACCCGAACCGCUCAGAGAAGAUCCAUGCUCAUCCAACAGCGAGGAUGUACAGGCUUCAGAGACUGAUCAGGCCACAGUGUCAGUCGAGGAGAAAGAGGAGGAAACCGAAUCAAGAGACAAGGAAAAAACAAAAAAGGGCAGAUCAAAGAAACAGGAGCCAGUGGUUGCAUCUGUGCAGGAGAUUGAUGAUGCCCCAGAGGAACAGCCAGUGUUACAGAUUCCAGGCUCUGGCAGAAGGAAUGAGGCUUCGUAUACCCCAACUCGAAGGACCACCAGAGCUAGAGCUGUCACCUUCAUUUCCCCUGUGCCCGAAGAGGUACAUGACGAGGAGGGAAAGCCUGAACAGGAAGUGAAGAUGGAACAAGACCAAGAACCAACUGUUGCAGUCGCCACCUCUCCUGGUCGCUCAACUAAAAGAAGCAAACAAGUUAAAGAAAGUAUAAUUGGCACUCCUCGAAGAAGUACUCGUAGAACUCAACCUGAGCCCGAGCCGGAGCCCGAAGCUCCAACAGAACAAAAGGAGGAUAAAGUGGAAAACGUGAGUGAUAACACUGUGUCUAGCACUACAAGGACUUUGUCUCCAGGCAGAAAAUGGGGUUCACAGAGAAACCCCUCAAGAACCAGCAAACAGCACCACAGUGAAGAGGAUGAAGCCAGCCCUGAGGCCAAGGUGAAACAAGAGAUGGCUGAAACACAUGCUGUUGCUAAGUCUUCUGCCAGGGGCAAGACCCCCACCAAAAGGAAAGCGGCACAGUCUACUACACCUCGCAGGUCCAGUCGUAUCACUGUGAGCUUGAGUGAAGAUGCCCCACAGCUUUUAGAAGUACUCAAAGAAGAGGUGGAAGAACAAGAGCUAGUCAGUACAACUCCUGCAAAACGGAGCUCCAGAAAAACAAAAGCUGCAUCACUGCUGUCUACAGCAGUAGAAGAGAAUGAUAAGAAACACCAGACUCCGAAUUUGGGCCGAACCACUCGACAGUCGAAUCGCAUCACUCCGAGUGUUUACCCACAGGUAAAACUGGUCCCUGUUUUGCUUCCUCAGAGUGUGAAAAGAAGAGGAGUGAAAGGUCAAGACCAGUCCGAGCCUGAACCAAAGCAGGAAGCAGAUGCUCUUCGCAAGACUAAAAAGAAGCUGUGGGAUCAUCCUGAGGAGGAACAGCCUUUAUUAGACCAUCCUUUGGAAGUGCCCUCAGAGACCCCUGUAGCAGAUGUGCUUAUCAAGAGGCUUCAGGAUGAAGAACAAAAGCAGGAAGUUACAAAGUCGCCAACAAGAACCAGUAAGAGGCUCACUAAGUCUGUGGUGGACCCUGAGCCCCCAUUUGAGAACAGUGUGGUUUUUGAUCCAGAUGAUAAGUCUGGUCCAGGGGAGAGCUCUUUCAUUUAUUCCCCAUCUCGACGAAGAACAAGAGCCAAGGCCGCGGAGUCUCCCAGUCAGAUUGCACCUGUCACUCGAAGCAGGAGGAACGUGUCCACUGUGGAUGCUGUUCCCCCAGAGGAUGAAAUGGCUGUAGAAGUGGAAGAGGCUAAAGUGUCAAAUACAAGAAAAACUAGCAAAAGAACAGCAAAAUCUAAAGCACUGUUGGAGCCAGCCUUGAUAGCAGAAGUGGACCUACUAUCUCCUCUGCCCAGUCCAGCUGAUCUGGUUCCUCGCGCCCAGAAAAGGACAAAAGAAGCGGAAGGCCCAACUUCAACUAUGAACCUUCGGCGCAAGCGUAUUAUGGACACAGUUUUAACCAAACCUGUAACGCGGAGGAAGAAGCUAUAGGAGGCUGGGCGUCUUUGAACCGUAAACCUCAGGUAGCCCAGAGAUGAAGCCUGGCCAGGCCCUGUCACCCAUAGACUGUUUUUCAUUUGCCUCAGUGCUGGAAUUGAAGCAGAAUAUUUGUGUAAAUAUACAUUUCUUUGCUUAUGGAUAAAAUAAUGCUAAGGCAUGAACAUAUUUUGGGGACAGUUCACUUUCUGUAAAAGAGGACUAUUUUUGGAGUUUACAUGUCCCACCCCUUUAAACUUUAUUUCACUAGAUUAGUGUGCAUUAGCCAUUUUGUGCUAGUCAAUAUGCAAAUAUUGGAAACUGCUUCUCUGGGCUCGAAAUGGCAAAAGGGAAAUGUGAUCUAAGGUUGUACCUUUACUUAAAUCAGAGAAGAAAAUUUACCUCUGAUAAAGAGGUUUUAUAUACAUUCUAAUUUUAUUUGUUUUUAUUUUGAUGAAUGCUGUUUUUCUACUAUAGAAAAAAAGCCACCAAUCCAAUGAAAAAAAAACACAUUUCCUACAAAUAAAAUGUAUAUAGUAUUUUGCUAUGUUCCAAAUAAAGUUAAUAAAUAAAUCUUUAAACAAUUAUGUUUGUUUGGAAGUUUCAAGUGUUUCAAAAGCAUUUAUCUGCCUAUGCCAUAGUCUUAAAUUUGUAAUUCCCUGUAACAUGCAUACUUGUACACUUAUUAAUUGGACUGUAAAUGUGAAAGAAUGACUGCAUUUGCAUUUGAAUGUGUUUAUCUGGAACAUGCUUAGAUGCUUGGCAAUAUCACGCACAUAGGCUAUUUUUGAUGAAUGUAUGUAUAAUUGUAUUUUGAUGACUGCUUUGAUAAAUAUGGUAAAGCGCCAAAACCAAA